UGGGUGUCCCAUUUUAUGAUUUGGGAGGCGUUCGUUGAUGGCGGCUUUUUUCUCUUUGUGGUUCUUGAAAGUCUAAAGUUCGACCACGUCGCCUGUGCUCCGUUAAGCGCCGGCCGUCACUUUGUCUUGUUUUGUUUCUUUGCUGCCUGUUCGGGAUCUUCCCACCCCCUGAGAGCUGAGAGGGAAAAAAACACAGCCUUACUUUUCCUCACUCGUCAUCUGUCAGCAACUCUCUAUCGACUUUCAAUUCGGAACCCUUUACUUCACUCACUCCCUCGCACAUACGUACUCACAUGUACUUAUGAACUGACUCGGUAAACGCCUAAUCUCUGAGAGAACGCGCCCUCGAAGUUGAAGGGGAGAAACGAGGCGAGAGGGCUAAGGGAGGGAUCGGUGAAGGUUGAAUCAGAAUGGGCGCCGGCGAUGGUCCCCGACGCGGGGACCGCCCGUUCAAGGACAUGGACGACGACUUUGACGCGCCGUCGCGCCGGAGCGCCGACGAGGAGGCCCAGUUCCUAGCCGAAGGAGAAGAAGGCUACGAGCUCGAGGAGAGCACAUCCAGCACGCCCUCACUGCUCUCGCAGCAAAAGUUCGGCCCUCACGUCCCCCACAAGCGGCACUGCCUCGCCGGGCCCCAGCCGCCGCGUGUACACACCAUCCGGCCCUUCCUGCCUGCCGUCCAGGAAGCGCCGGCGCGCCUGCUGGACCUCGUGGCGCCGACUACACGCCGGAAGGCC